AUGAAGCUGUCACUCGUCUCUCUCCUCUCGCUCGCCUGCGCGGCCACCGCAUCGUACGAGAAUGGGGGUACCAUGGAGCACCUCAUGUCGCUGAAGAUGGCGUCGCGUGAGCGCGCCCAUGCCAAAGGAUGGUUCGACAAGGACCGAUACCCUCUACUCAGCCGCAGAAAGUGCUUGCGAGGGAAGGCCGGCGAGUACUCUUGCAAGAACGUUGAUCUGCUCAGCUUCAUCAGCCACCAGGGUCUGGGCAGUGAGACCCGUGAGGGCAACGAUGUCUGGGGUUGGGUUUCUAAGUGGGGUCGCGAGUUCGGUAUCGUCGGCCAGACGGACGGAGUCGCCUUUGUUGAGAUCCUCCCUCUUACCGGUACCCUGAGGUACGUUGGUCGCCUGGCUACUCAGACCGUGCCCUCUGUAUGGCGCGACAUCAAGGUCAUCGGUGACCAUGCGUACAUUGGCUCCGAGGCUCCUGGCCACGGACUGCAGAUCUUUGAUCUGAACAAGCCCAUUAUCUUCUCGCCUGAGAAGGACCUGACUGCUUGGUACCAGGGCUUCGGCAGCUCCCACAACAUUGUGGCACACGAGGAGACCAACACGAUCUAUGCCGUCGGCACCCAGCGAAACCUCACCUGCGCCGGAGGUCUCUGGAUCGUCGAUGUCUCUGACCCUGCUAACCCCACCUCUCCUGGUUGCGUCAACGAGGACGGCUAUGUUCACGAUGGUAUGUCCGCAAUAUCGUAUGUGAAGAGCACAGCUAACCUCUGCAGCCCAAUGCGUCAUCUACCAAGGCCCCGACAAGAAGUACACCGGCCACGAGAUCUGCUUCAACUACAACGAGGACACCUUGACCAUUGCUGA